CUCAGCGGGGGCGUCUGGAACCGGGGCUGCCCCUCACGAAGGCCGAGACCCCGGGGUCAGGGGGACCGGCACAGGGGUCGCGGGGACCGGCACCUAAGGUCGGGGAUGAGGCGCGAGGGAUGGACCCAGGCUCCUUCCUCCCGGCCGCCUGCGGACCCCCGGGCCGCCAGGACCCCCGGGCUCGGCCCCGACCGCACGAGGGCAGCGGACAGGGCAGGGUGAGCCCCGGGGUCAGACCCCCCGCCUCGGCUUCUCCCCGAAGGAGGGUCCCUGCGGGAGAGCAGCCGGGGCCGGCGCGCGGGGGCGCCUGGGAGGGAGGAGGGGCCGCCCCGGGUCCCCCGUCGGGCGCUGUCGGGGUCCCCCCCCCGGGGCGGGCGGUCGGCGGGACGUCGUGGGGCCGCGUGGCGCGGGCGGGUGGGGCUGGGGACCCGCGCGUCGGGCGGGAGCGGUCGUCGAUGGAGCGCCAGGACCGCGGCGACGGCCCCGGACGCUGUCCUUCCCCGACGCACGCCCGCGCUUCCCCAGGGACCCCCGGAGGAGCGUGGGAAACGCCGUGUCCGGGCUGGGGACCGCACCGCGGCCGGGGGUGGGGUGUCGCCAGGCCCGGGCCGGGGCCGCCGUCCUCCGCGCGCUUCGCGGGAGACGCGCGAGAACCGGGGUCGCGGGCGCCGUGCGGGUCCAGGCGGUGCGCUCGGCCUGGCGGGCGGUGGUCUGGGUGCCGCGGCGGACCGGGGCGGCGGCCCCAACCGCAAAUCCCUGUUUCAGAAACUCUUUCUUUUCCUACAUUUAGCGGUUUGGGGCUGUUAAUACGUGUGCGGUUGAGCCGUUUUCUUUUGUUUUCUUUCCCAAAGGACGGACCUUUAGCAAACAUCUUUUCUCGGGGCGCCCGAGUGGCUCGGCGGGCUCCCGUGGACCCUCCCUUCUGACAAAUGGGCAACGACUGCUCCAGCCCCGGGAGCGUUCUCUCACUUCUGUCUCACUCAUGUCCAUGACGCUUCGGUGCCUUUUCUCCCCACAGAUGAUUCACUCCCUGCACAGGGCCUCUUCGUGAGAUGGUGAAUUCUGCUUCAGCUCCUCCCUGCCCCGGGAUGCCGACUGUGACCAACAUGAUGAUGCUUGAAACAGAGAAAGGAACAUUUUGAACUAUAGGAUAUAAACACUCCCCAUUUUGGAGUGUUUAGGAGAAAAAUACUCCAAAAAUUUGGACUCUUCCUCACACCGUAAGUGUCCGUGUCAGGGUAGAUUUCUGUAGCUAAGGGUGUGACUCAGCUCUUGGUUUCUGUGAGCAACACCUUUUCAAAUGAAGACCCUGAAGUCACCGCGGAUUAUCUGCACAAAAGCAUCUGGCUCCUUGGAGAGAUUCGCAGAGAAACAGUCUGCAAGGAACAGCUUGACAAGCAGGAAAAACAAAACCAGUUCGGAAGUUUAGACGUGCUGCCCUGUACUCUCACUGCCCAGUCCUUUCUAAGAACAAUGGUUGCUUCCGGA